AUGUUUAAAAGCAACAAUGACAAUAAAGAGAGACAGUAGGCUCUAGUAUAAAUAAAAUAAUUGGAGAACUUCAACAUUUAGAAAAUCCUGCUUGGCUGUGGCAAAUUCUCAAAGGUAUACCAGGUAGAUGUAGCUGGAUAAAGCUUCGCUGUAAAGCAACUUAGCAGCGAAAUAGGCUUUUAAGGAUAUCUCGACAAUAUAUUAAGCGAAAUAUGCAUUCUGAUGUCACUUCAACACAAUAAUAUAAUCAAUCUAAUAGGGAAAUAUCGUAAUUAAGAAUUCUACAAUAUAAUAUUAGAAAAAUGCGAUGGUGGCGAUUUGAAUAGUUACAUUAAGGAAAAAGGAAGACUUCAAGAGUCUCUUGUAAGCGACAUUAUAUAUUAAAUAACUGAUGCUCUCUCCUACCUACACGAGCAAAAAAGCAUAAUCCAUAGAGAUAUUAAAAGUUCUAAUAUUUUCAUUUAAUGGGUUAAAAAUGAAGAUAGAGGAAGUUAAAUUAAUUCAGAAUCUGAGAAAAAUGUAGCUUAUUAGUACUAAAUGAGAGUAAAGCUAGGAGAUUUCGGUUUUGCAAAGCAACUAAAUGAGAAUGGAAAGAUUUCUGGCUGCUUCGGCACUCCUAUUUACAUGGCUCCUGAGGUACUACAACGAUUUGAAUAUGAUACAAAAGCAGAUAUUUGGUCUCUUGGCAUCCUGAUGUACAGUUUAUUGACAGGAGGUGAUUAUCCUUUUACAGGAGAAAGUAAAGCAUAGAUCUUGAAAAAGAUCUAAUACCACAGUCAAUAUUUGAUUGACUCUAGACUAAAUCUAUCAGAUUAGUGUUUAGAUUUUUUGAGUCAUUGUCUACAAUAUGACCCUGAUAAUAGACUAAGUGCGAGUAGCUUGUUAUAGCACUAAUUUCUUCAAAAAUUCAAAAUUAAUCCAUUAAACCUUGAUAAAAAUCAAUAAUUAAAAUAAAUUAACAAAGGUAAAUUAAAUUUAUCGGGAGGAUUAAAGAGCUAGGCUAACAAUAUUUAUUCACCUCUAAUAAAAAUUACUCAAUAAAAUAAUAACGAUAUAUGUUCUCAAUAAACAGCAAACCUAUUGAAUAAUCACAUUAAUUAUCACUAUCAAGGAAUAAAGGAUGAUAAUCAUCAAAAUCUCUAAAGUAUGAGAGAUAAAAUAAAAUCUCAUGAUGACAUUGCAAGAAUGAAUAACGAAAUCUAUCAGAGAAUCCAGGACUCUCCAUAAACAUUAUAAAAAUCUAAAACUCUAAAUAAUAACAAUAAUAGUACUGUAAACCUUCAUUUCUAAAACUUAUCUCCCCUUAUUAAUCAUUAUAUUAACUAGACUGAUAACAACUCUUGUAAAACUUAGAAUGAUAAUCCUUCACUCUAAAAAGAAAUUGGCAAAAUAAACUACAUUAAGUAAUAAUCUCAAAGAACAGAUCAAAAGAGAAGGACUAGCAAAUCUUUUUUCAAAACCUUAACCCAGCAAAUGCCAUAAAUUCCUUGCUAAGAAUAGAGUCCAAAUGAUGAUGUCCUUGACUAGCAUUCAGACUUCUCAAAUGACUCUACAGUUGAUACUGACAUCUAACUAAAGGUUCCAAACAUGAAUCCAUUACUCAGUGUAUUCUUUCAAUGA